AUGGAGGGAACAAAGUCAGACCAGAGCAACAUGGAGACAUCCGACAGCCAGAACGAUGAGAGUCUCCUGCAGUUUGACGCAGAGACCGUAAAACUGCUGGUGAUGAGAGGAGAUGAACUCCUUGAUUGUGUGACAAUCUGGGAGGAAAGAUACGGCGCUCUGGAGGAGGAAAUGGAAACUAAAGAGGCGCAACACAAGCAGCAGCUGCAGGAGAACCUGGUGACCAUAAACCUGCUGAAAAGAAGAGAGGAAGAACUCAUUCAGAGCCAGGAAAAGUCCACCAAGGACCUGGCUGAGAAACAACAGAGCUGGGAGAGUGAGAAACAAGGCAUGAAGUAUGUAGUGGAAGAGAAAAACUACCAGGUCGCUAGAAACCACACCUUGGAGACGGAAAAACAAAAGAUGGAGUUGAAAUUGAAACAGGUGAUGAAGCACAACACUUACCAGACCUGUAAAAUCAAAGCCAUGGAGAAGGAAGUCCAAAAGUUGGUGGACCAGUUGGAAAAGCAGGGAGAAAAGAUCUCGAUGGAGACCAAACUAAAAGAGGUGUCUCAGGAAAAGGACGACCUGGCCAAGAAGAACCUGAGCUGUGAGACUGAGCUCAAACAGGUGGAGGACAAACUAAAACAGGUGGAGGAGGAGAACGAGCAUCUGGCAAAGAACAACAAAAGCUGGGAGACGGAUGUCAAACAGCUGAAAGACCAGAUGAGAGAGAAGGAGGACAACUUCUCCAAAGACCUGGCAGAAGAACACCUGAGCUGCGAAACCAAGGUUAAUUUCAUGAAAACCACAUUUCAAGAGGAAGAGAAGAAGAAGGACAACCUGGUUCUGAAAAUGCUGAUCGGGGAGACAGUGGUUAAGGCAAAAUUUGAAAAGGCCAAGGAAUCCAUAUAUAUCCUGAUCCAGGAAAACAAGAGCUGGGAGAUCGAUUUCAAACAGAAGGACAUGAAAGUCCAGCAGCUGCAGAACGACCUGGAUGAGCAAGAGAAAAAGUUCUCUGAAGAUUUGGCCGAAAAACACCAGAGCUGGGCGACUCAGCUAAAACAGGUGGAGGCUAAAUGCAAACAGGUGCAGAAGCAAAAGAAUCAUUUGGCCAAGUUAAAAAAAAGCUGGGAGACGGAUGUCAAGCAGCUUGAAGACCAGAUGAGAGAGAAGGAGGAAAAGUUCUCAGAAGACCUGACCCAGAAAGACCAGCGCUGGGAAACCAGGGUUAUUUUGAAGGAGAUACAAUUGAAACAGGCGAAGGAGAGCUGUGAGGCUAAAGAGAAGAAGAUGGACAACGAAAAGACACUUCUGGAGGACCUGUGUCUUCACAUGAAGAAUAAGAGCAGAGGAUUCUUCGCUCGCAGGAGGGCGACUGAGGAAAGGGACGCCAUUUUGCAGAAAAUGCUACGCAAGAUGCAAGAGAAGGAGAUGAGAAAGAAAGCAAAGGGGGAGAAAGAGGAGAAGGAGGAGGCUGGACGUCAGUAG